GACGACUUGCAUAUGGAGGAAAAUGGCGAGUUGCAUUUACAUAUAAGUCUCCCUCUUUUCUCCUUGCUUAGAGCAGUCCUUCUAAUUUAACGAAUUUAUAUGGUCUUCGCCUGAAGGUUUUCUUCAAACAUUUCAUUACAACUUGAAACAUACCAUCUAAACUAGCGGCUAUAUACCCUUCUCGGCAUCUCUUUACUUCAUAUAGAUUCUACCUAUUGUCAACUUGGAGAUCUUACUUGACGACUACGUACGAGCUAAGACCUAAGACCCUAUUAGGUCCAGUUACGAUGCCUCACGCCACGAAGUCCAAGCCCAAGUCGUCACGCCCCCGACCCACCACGACCACGUCUACUCCUAUCCAAUGCAGCCAAUCUAACACCUCGACGACGCACUCAGCUUCAUCUUCAGCCUCUUCUUCGUACACUUGGACGGCUAGUGAUGCGGCUGAAGCUUCAAGAGACGGAGCAUUCAUCACGGCCUGGCCUUGUGAGGAGCCAUACUACGCCCCACUGGUACACAUGCCUGAUCAGAGUAGUCGUGGGGAUAGUGAACCCCAGUACUACUACUCUUCUGGGCGGAAACACUCUUCAGCUACGAAUCAAGGAGGGGGUAGCGGUGGGAAGUCAUUGAAUGGAUAGGGGCAGUAAAGGAGUUCAACUUAUCAGGUGUAUGAUUUAAGAUGAGCUUGGCUAUAUUAUGUAUUGUUUAAUGGCUUGACAAGAUAUACGAGAGAUUGUAAUGGGGGUACUUUGGGGGGGGGUGUCUGCGUAUAGGGAGGUAUACAUCCUUUUACUAUCGCAGAGUAUCUACGUCCAAUUUAGGAAGAUAUUUGCAAUAAUACUUGCGUAUCCUAACAAGUACGCACUCGUGCUCUCUAGAAUUUCAUGUUUGAGCUACAUAUUCAGUCUAUUGACCGUCC